AACGCUAGCCAUCGUUAUGUUUUUCGGGCUAGCGAUCAUGUACCGGAAUCGGUUGAUUGGAGGAAGAAAGGUGCAGUUGCUCCUAUUAAGGACCAAGGGAGUUGUGGGAGCUGUUGGGCCUUCUCAACAGUAGCUGCAGUAGAAGGCAUAAACCAAAUAGCAACAGGAGAAAUGAUCACCUUAUCUGAGCAAGAAUUAGUAGAUUGUGACACAAUGUAUAAUGAUGGUUGCAAUGGUGGCCUUAUGGAUUAUGCUUUUCAAUUUAUCAUAUCCAAUGGUGGUAUUGACACUGAAUCUCACUAUCCUUACAAGGGCAUCGACCACAAAUGUGAUCUUGUUCGGAAGAAUGCAAAGGUUGUGAGCAUAGAUGAUUAUGAAGACGUGCCAGCAAAUGAAAAGGCACUUGAGAAGGCUGUAGCGCAUCAACCUAUUAGCGUAGCCAUUGAAGCUUCAGGCAGGGCUUUUCAGCUUUACUCCUCGGGCAUAUUUACUGGAAAAUGCGGAACGCAAUUGGACCACGGUGUGGUGGUGGUUGGCUAUGGCACAGAAAACGGAGUGGACUAUUGGAUUGUGAGGAACUCAUGGGGCACUAAUUGGGGGGAAGAUGGCUACAUCAAAAUGGAGAAGAAUAUAGAAGCCACAAAUUCUGGCAAAUGUGGAAUUGCAAUGGAGGCGUCUUAUCCAAUUAAGAAUGCCAUAAACAAAAUUACUAUGGGAGAAGAGGGGAUUAUAAGAAGUACCUAAAGAAAUAAAACUGCCACAAAGUGGAUUACUUGGCAUGGAUUAUGUCUAUUUUGUGAUUUUUAAGUUUAUGGGCGUUGUUACUCCAUGAGCAUUAUUUGGGCAUUCCUUUUAAUGGAUUUGUCUUAAUAUAUGUAUGUUUAUUUAAGGAUCAAAGCCUUUAUUUUAUAUGUUGACAAAGUUAAACAGAGAAAUCAGUGAUAUCAUACAUAUUUUUUUUACUAGAAUAAGAAGUACUAUA